AAAAACCCCUUUCUCCUCCCUUACACCACCUCUCCACCACCACCACCACCACCACCACCACCCCUCCAUGGUUCACCUUUCCCCCACCACUACCCCUACCCUACCAACAUCAAGAUUCAUCAGACCCAAUACUCAAUACCCUUUCAGAAGCCAUAAAAAACUCUCACACUAAACCCCUUCAAACUUCCCUUAAAACCCUCCUCCCAUCUCUUAAACCCCAACACAUAAUCAACCUCAUUAGCCUUAAUCCUCAUUCUUUAACCCGUUCUUCUCUCCUCUCUUUCUUCACAUGGCUUUCUUCUACUUCUCACAAUUCAAAAUAUUGCCAUACACUUCACACUUAUUGCACUAUGACCCUUUUUCUUUACACCCAGAAAAUGAAUUCACAAGCUUACUCUUUUAUCCACACUAUUGUUUCAAGAAGAUGUAAAGACUCCGCCUUUACAGUUUUUCAAGCAAUUUUGAAAGUUAAAGGUAACAACUUUACAUCUGUGAAUGUUUUAAAUGAAUUUAUUGCCUCUUAUUUGGAUUUGGGGUUUGUUUCUGAUGCUAUUCAGUGCUUUAGGCUUAUCCAAAAACAUAAAAUUAGGUUCCCAUUUCAAGGUUGUACUAAGGUUCUUGAAUAUUUAAUGAAGCUUAAUUCACCAAUGGUAGCUUUUGAUUUUUAUGAGGAGAUUUUGGAUUAUGGGUAUCCUCCAAGUUUGUAUUUUUUUAAUGUUUUGAUGAGUAAGUUGUGUAAGGAAGGUAAAAUGGUGGAAUCACGGUCGGUGUUUACGGAGAUGAGGAAGAGGAAUUUGAGAACAAGUGUUGUUAGUUUCAAUAUUUUGAUAAAUGGGUAUUGUAGAUUAGGUGAUAUGGAUGCAGGGUAUAGGGUAAAAAGAGAAAUGGAGGAAAGAGAAAUUUUGCCCGAUAUUUAUACGUAUAGUGCUCUGAUCAACGGGCUUUGCAAGAGCUUUUGGAUGAGGGACACGAACGAGUUGUUUAAUGAGAUGUGUGUAAAAGGUUUGGUUCCAAAUGUUUUUAUAUUCACGACUUUGAUUAAUGGCCAUUGCAAAGAUGGUAGCAUUGUUUUAGCCAUUGACGCUUAUCAACAUAUGCUGACGCAAGGGGUGGAACCGGAUUUGAUUACGUAUAACACACUUGUCAAUGGACUUUGUAAGAGUGGGGAUUUAGGGGAAGCGAGGAAGCUCAUUAAUGUAAUGAUUGAAAAGGGUUUGAAUCCUGAUAAGAUCACAUACACGACGAUUAUUGAUGGAUGUUGUGCAGAGGGAGAUUUAGAUGGAGCAUUUGAGAUCAAGAAAAUGAUGUUUGAUAAUGACAUUGAACUAGAUGAUGUAGCAUAUACAGAUCUUAUUACAGGUUUAUGUCUGCAAGGGCGAGUAGUUGAUGCACAAAGGAUUUUAAUGGAAAUGUUGAAGCCUGAUGACCCUGUUUAUACUGUGGUAAUCGAUGGUUUUUGCAAGAAGGGAGAUGUUAAGAUGGGUUUUAAGUUGCUAAGGCAGAUUCAAAGUAAUGGACAUGCGCCUAAUGUUAUAACUUACCUAUAA